CCGAACCCGUCUGCAGCCCAGCGACCCCCGCCACCUCGCGUGACGGCGCAACACGGAGGCAAUCACGGCGGAUGAGAGCACCAUGCCCGCCGCCACAACCUGCCUGCUGUUCGCCUCACUGUGCGCGAGCUGCGCGGGGACAGGUUUGUGGGAGCGCGUGAGUCUGGGGGACCGGCACGCGGGGGAGCUGGUCCAGCCCAAGCGGCUCCUCCAACAGGUCCACACCGACGAGGAGCUGCUCCACAGCCGCCUGGAGACCCGGGUCAAAGCCCCCCCGGAGGAGAGGCAGCAGCCCAUCCAUCUGUCUCAGAGCAGCUUCCUGGUGGAGGCCUUCGGUGCAUCUUUCAUCCUUGACCUUGAACUCAACCACAAUCUUCUGUCUACAGACUAUGUGGAGCGGCACUUUGAAGAUGGACAGCAGUCCCAGAGUUUGGGAGGGGAGCACUGCUAUUACCACGGACGGGUGCGGGGGCUGCCGGACUCCUGGGCGGCUUUAUCUACCUGCUUCGGUUUGGAGGGGAUGUUUUCCGAUGGGAAUUUCUCUUACGGCAUCGAACCUGUUGGGAAUAGUCAGGAGAAUCAUAUCGUCUAUCGGAUACCGGACAUUGACAUCUUCCAGUUUCCUUGUCCAGGCUGCUCCGCGAACAGCACGGCGCCUGAAGGACAGUCGGAUGGUUACAGUAAAGAAGACGGGCAGAAGGAUGGAAGUGGAGAAUUCAACAACGAGGCGAAGGUUUUUCCAGGCCUGAGACGCUCAAAAAGACAAGUGAGGCGCGGACAACGAACGGUCCAGACCGAGACCAAAUACAUCGAGCUGAUGGUCGUGAACGAUUAUGAAAUGUUUGUGCGGAUAGAUCGGUCUGUUGAGAAGACGAGGAAUUUCGCCAAAUCGGUGGUGAACAUGGCUGAUUUGAUCUACAAAGAGCAGCUUAACACCCGCAUCGUCCUGGUCGCCAUGGAAACCUGGUCGUCGGAGAACAAAAUCGCCGUCGUCGAUGACACCAUGGUCACGUUGCGAGACUUCAUGAAGUACAGGAAGAGGAGCAUCAGCGACCGCUGCGAUGCCGUCCAUCUCUUCUCAGGGAGGACGUUUAAGAGCAACCGCGGCGAGGCAGCUUACAUCGGAGGCAUCUGCUCACUGACACGCGGCGGAGGCGUCAAUGAGUUUGGCAGCAGGGGCCCCAUGGCCAUCACUCUGUGUCAGAGUCUGGGGCAGAACGUCGGCAUGCUGAGGACCAAGGAGCAAAUAUCUGCAGGAAGCUGCAGGUGUCCAGACCCGUGGAUUGGCUGCAUCAUGGAAGAUACGGGCUACCACCUGCCCAAGAAGUUUUCCCGCUGCAGUAUCGAGCAGUACCUGCGUUUCCUCCAGCAGGGAGGAGGCGGCUGCCUCUUCAACAAGCCCACAAUGCUUUUGGACCCUCCGAGGUGUGGAAAUGGAUUUGUGGAGCUCGGAGAGGAAUGUGACUGCGGGUCACUUGAGGAAUGUGCUCAGAAAGGAGCCAACUGCUGUAAAAAGUGCACUCUUACCCACAAUGCUUUGUGCAGCAACGGGCUCUGCUGCAGAAACUGCAAGUAUGAGCUGAGAGGCGUGAUGUGCCGUGAAGCCGUGAACGACUGUGACAUCGCAGAGACCUGCACAGGAGACACCAGCCAGUGCCCUCACAAUGUCCACAAACUGGACGGCUACGCCUGUGCUGCAGGGCGGGGCCGCUGCUAUGAAGGCCGCUGUAAGACCAGAGACGACCAGUGCAGAACUCUGUGGGGCUUCGACUCGGCCGACAGAUUUUGCUACGAAAAGCUGAACUCUGAGGGAACAGAGAAAGGGAACUGCGGUCCAGACCCCAGUGGUCAGGGAUGGGUUCAGUGCAACAAGCAGGAUGUUCUCUGUGGGUUGCUGCUUUGCACGAACUUGACAGCCCAGCCGAGGUUUGGAGAACUGCGAGGGCGACUGACCAGUCUGACUGUCCACCAUCAGAACAGAUACAUGGACUGCAGGGGGGGUCAUGCGUUCCUGGAUGAUGGGUCUGAUCUGGGUUACGUGGAGGACGGAACCCCGUGUGGACCCAGUAUGAUGUGUUUGGAGCGGCGCUGCCUCCCCAUCCCCACCUUCAACCUCAGCUCCUGUCCAGGCUCUUCCCCGUCCCACGUCUGCUCCCACCACGGCACCUGCAGCAACGAGGUGAAGUGCAUCUGUGAUCCAGACUACACGGGGAAGGACUGCAGUCUGUUCAACCCCAUUCCCACCCCCACGCCGGAUGACCAGGCCGAGAAGCACAAAGGUCCCAGCGGCACCAAUAUCAUCAUAGGCUCGGUUGCUGGUGCAAUUCUGGUGGCAGCAAUAAUCCUUGGAGGAACUGGAUGGGGAUUCAACCCGUCAAGGAUGUCCUCCGUGCGCGUUCUCCUCUCCCUUCUGUGCGCGUGCUCCGUCGUGGACUGCAAUCCCAGUCCCGUGGCGGGAGACGUGGUCGUGGACAGAUACUUUAUUCCUAAAGAAUGCGGCCGGGAUGCAAAAGACGGAGACUUUGUGCGCUACCAUUAUAACGCCACUUUCCUGGACGGGAAGGCCUUUGAUUCCAGCUACGAGCGUGGAGCCGCUAAGGUGGGCCUGAUCGGGGAGGGCCGCCUCCUCGUCGGCGUGGAUAAAGGGCUGCAGGGGAUGUGCGUGAACGAGCGCCGGAGGAUCACCGUCCCGCCACACCUGGCCUACGGGAGCACCGGCGCAGGUGAUGUGGUUCCUCCCGACGCCACGCUGGUGUUUGACAUCCACCUGUUGGAUUUGUGGAACAAAGCCGAUCUGGUUGUCACCACGACGGUCGUCACUCCUAGAGACUGCAAGCGAUCGGUGAUGCGCACAGAUUUUGUGCGGUACCACUUUAACGGCACGCUGCUGGACGGCACCGUCUUUGAUUCCAGCUACGUCAAGAAGCAGACGCAGAACUCUCUGGUCGGCGAGGGCUGGCUCAUAAAGGGCAUGGACGAGGGCCUGCUGGGCAUGUGCGUGGGGGAGAUCCGGCACAUCGUCGUCCCGCCGUUCAAAGCUUACGGAGAGAAGGGAUCAGGAAAGGAAAUCCCCCCCCAGGCGACUCUGGUGUUUGACGUUCUGUUAGUGGACAUUCACAACCCGAAGGAUAACAUCACGGUGGAGAACCAGGUGGUGCCAGAGUCGUGCUCUCGCCGGUCCGUGGUCGGAGACUACAUCCGGUACCACUACAACGGGACUUUCCUGAAUGGACUGACCUUUGACACCAGCUACCAGAGGAACAGCACCUACAACACCUACAUCGGGAUGGGGUAUGUGAUCCCGGGUAUGGACCAGGGCCUGCAGGGAGUCUGUGUUGGGGAGAAGAGGAGAGUCAUCAUCCCUCCACACCUGGGUUACGGAGACCAAGGAGCUGGUGAUGUGAUCCCCCCGUCUGCUGUUCUCGUCUUCGAUGUCGACGUCAUCGACUUCCACAACCCCAGUGAUAAGGUGGAGAUCCAGACCCUCCACAAACCUGAGGUCUGCAACGAGACCUCUGCAGAGAAUGACCUGGUCCACUAUCACUACAACUGCAGCCUGAUGGACGGCACGCUGCUCUUUUCCUCACACGACUUUGAGAACCUUCAGGAUGCAGUUCUCGGAGCGGACAAGGUGAUCGACGGACUGGACGAGGGUUUGCGGGGCAUGUGCGUGGGCGAGAGGAGGCUGAUCACAGUGCCGCCUCACCUCGGACACGGAGAGAGGGGAGCCUCCGGCGUCCCGAGCAGUGCCGUGCUGGUGUUUGAUGUGGAGCUAGUGAGCCUCGAGAAGGGAGUGCCCCCCGGUUACCUGUUCGUGUGGCUGCACGGCCCACCUGAAGACCUCUUUAGCGCCCUGGACAUGAACAAGAAUGGGGAGGUGCCACAGGAGGAGUUUGCAGAGUUCAUCAAGCUGCAGGUGGACGAGGGCAAAGGCCGCAUCAAGCCUGGACUGACCAUGGAGCAGGUGGUGGCCGACAUGUUCCAAAACCAGGACCGCAACAAGGACGGCGUGAUCACGGCCAGCGAACUCAAACUCAAGGUCGACGAGGACAAGGAGCGGGAGGAGGCGAAGCACGAGGAGCUGUGACGAGCGUCCGGCCGCUUUAGCUCUCUCUCAGGGAUCAAACCUUCAACAGAAAAACCAGACACUCUCCUCCAUCCACUUUAUUGUCCUGCGGUCCACAUCUUGUGAAUCCAUAAAAGAAAAAAAGGAGUUUAAAAGAUGUACAUUUGGUAAACAAGCACCUUCAUUUGACCCUGAACGUCACAUUCAUUAAAAUGUUUGUUAAAAAGA